UCAACCGGUGCAGCAUUUAUUUGAAUAAAGGUUGCGAGUCCGUGUUUACAUUAGACCAGCCGUACAAAAGUGAUAUUUGUUAGAGAUUGGUGAUGCUUUUGUCUUUGCACAAUACCCUGCCAUUACAGAACGAGAAAUCGGAGGUUCAUAAUGGUCAACGCAGAACCUAUCAAGGUCAAAGUCAAAGCUUUUGGGUUCUACUACCGCUUUUCUACUCUCUCCCUCUUCCUUAUAUUUAUGCAAACGCUAUACUCUCCCUCCAAACAGCAUCAAUUCUUGUGGAGAUGGCUAGGAGGCUAAUGCAUGCUGUUCAACACGAUGGUUAUGGUGGAGGAGCAGCAGGACUAAAGCAUGUCGAAGUUCCAGUCCCCACUCCAAAGAAAGAUGAGGUUUUGCUAAAGUUAGACGCAACCAGUCUAAAUCCAAUUGAUUGGAAAAUUCAACAAGGCGUGUUUCGGCCUUUUCUUCCUCGUAUAUUCCCUCACAUUCCUGGUUUUGACAGGUCUAGCUGGUCAGAUAGCGGUACUGGAUCUGUGGAUAUAUUUCAAAAAUAAAUAUACCACGAUGAAGAGAAAAUUACGACGAGUAUAUU